AUGUUUCUCUUCUUCAACUUUAAGGAGCUGUAUUAUAAUAGCCUCACAUAUCCGGGGUACCUGACGGCGCUUUCCAGUUCGUCUGUUAAUGUGUUACUCGGUCCUCGAACGCUGUCACGGUCUCUAAGCUCAGUGGGGACCUUGAUUUCUCCUCGAUACGAAUCCACGCGUGACCAAAUACAUCGGGUCGGACAUGAUGAUCAACACGCAUCUUGUGAGUUCUGGUGUGGUUUGCGGCUUCAGUCUCAGUUUAAUCAAUCCUAUGUGCCCCCUGGCCCAGACCGUGAACAGCAACAGAGAGAACAGAGCUCCAAAUCAUCACCCCCCGAACAGACCCCGUCAAAACCCAAAUAUUUCACACAGGAGGCCUCUAAAUCAACACCAUUACCAUCUACUACGAAUACAUUGAUGAGCCGGGAUGCGCAUGGCAAACGGCCACGUGAAAAACCACAGAAUGAAUUGCAUAACCCCCGAAGGAAGUCAAAAAAGCUUGCUGUUUCCUUCAAUCCGACACCAACCGAGUAUUUAAUUGAUACAUUGCAAAAUGUUGUGCAUCCUCCUGACAACAGGAGACAAAGGAUCAGAUUCAAAAUUGAGCAUAGAGUCUCGCUCCAAGAGAUUGCUGCAGACUACAUUUACCAUGUGGAUCGUUUGCUAGACCGGACGGGUGAAGAGGGAGUCAAAGGAAAGUCUUUAGAACUGGAUGUUGCUCUGCGAAAGGUUUUUCUUAACAAAGAAUACCGUAAAUAUUUAAGUGCGCGGCAGUAUUCAGUGAAAGAUGUGGUUUCAUGGACAUGGAUCCUCAAGAGCCGCACCCCUUACGAGUCUAUCCUCCGGAUUUGCGCGUUAGAACUGCAGUCAGAUCCAAAGGAAAAGGGAGGCUCUGCUGCUCGAAUUAUUCCGCCUUUCAUACCUCUUCUUUUGUUGCGGCAGGACCUUGAUAUUAAGUCCUUCCGUUUACUCCUCAUUUAUUCGCUGCGCCUUAUCAGCGGUCAACCACAUUCAAAACUAGGUACUGCAUUGGGUUCUGCGAAAGAUGACAAUUUUUUCGAUGAGCUUCACCAAUCCGACGACGCAAAGCCCUUGAUAGAUCCUAAUACCUGUGCCACAUUCGUCGUUCGUUUGCUUCAUCAUGCUCGUCAACUGUGGCCGCAAGCACAGCUUCCUAUUGUGCGUACGUUCGCGUUUUACCUUACUCUCCUGGAACCAGAGGGGGCUGGUACUAUGGCAUCAGCGACACCGCGAAAUGUCCAGGUGCUGGCUGGGAAAUGCAACACAUUCCUUCGGUUACUCUCGUUGCCCUGCAGACAGGGACCUUUCACUUCGGCUUCAAUACAGCAGCAAGCACAGUUCGAGCUUCUUAGAGCAAUGGCCAGAAACCAGCCUGUUUUGCCCGUCACGCGUCGAGGGUACCAAGGUAUCACCGCGGUACAGCUAGCCCAUAAGAAAACGCUAGCUGAGCGGCAAUCCGCAGAGUUAAAGGCUCCAUCGUGGCCGCCAUGGAAAGAAGAAAAGCUAGGUCUUGACUCUCAGAGAGGAAUCGAAGGAUUGAGAAGCCGUGCCAUGCGAGUAAUGUCUCAGAUGAAAGAAGCAGGUUAUGCUCAUAGUCGCUGGGAGGAAGUGUCCAGUAUCCUCGCCGGAUGGGACACAGACAAAAGUCCUACUAUUCAAACAAGGACCCUAGCGCGCCAGCCAUGGCGUCUGCGUGGACGUAUAGGAAAUGCGGACCACCAUACAAUCUGGGAAGCUCGUAUCCGGGCUACAAGGACUGUGCGAGAAGCUUGGGCCUGUUUUCUGUCGUAUCGAGAUCAAGGCCUACCUCCACGGGGGAGCAUCUACACUGCAAUGGCUGAGAAAUUGAUUUACCGACGAAACGCAUUACACACCAAUUUCGAUCAAAUGAGCCAUGCUUUGCCAGGUGAUGCUCUGGAAACCUUCCCAGAGCCUUUGUCUGCGCGGGAUUUAAUUUAUGUGCAUACAGAGCCACCCACGUUAGACGAGCUCCUUGCACAAAUGCUCUCCGAGGGGAUCCGACCGCAGGCAAGAUUCCUUUCCCUCCUGCUACGAUACGCGCCAACCUUCAGAUCUGGUCUGGAUUACCUAAGCUGCAGUGAUUUGUCUAAUGAGCAGAUCAGAGCUUUGUGCACCGUCUGGGCACAUAAGUCCAUCUACGACGAACAAAGUCAGAAAGUUGUAAACGAACUCCCCGCACAUCUUUUCUCAGCAUUCGUAUACUUCUUGUGUAAAUUCUCGACCUUCGGUGAAAUGUCAGCCAGACAUGCGAGAGAUGCAUUUCCGAUCAUCUUGGGCAGUUCGCAGAUGGCCAACGGGGAGACAUCGACCCUUUUUUCCCAGGAUGAGUAUCUAGGGAAUGGAAAUGAACAUCGGCACCCGAGGACUUUAGCACACGCAAUCGAACUGCUUAGAGUACGGCAUUCCCGGUCCCCUCAAGCUUGGGUUUCUGUGUUAUCGGCUUUGAACAAAGACCGCGUCACUGGUCGUUUUAGCAAGAUGAAUGGAAACAUCCAGCGUGUUGUAGCUUGGCACGAAAUGUUAGAAAUUGCAGGACGGAUGGAGCAUCACGAUAUCCAACUCGGCCUGCAGGGCUUCCAGGUUCUAUGCAGCGGUUUUUCAAGAGCGGUAAAUGCUGGGAUCAAGAGUCUAGAUGCUGUGGAAGAAGCCUUGGAGGUUGUUGGUAAUGCUGCAAAUCAGGGAAAGCUGGCAUACAUAGGUCUUGCCUGCCCGCGAUUCGAGGAUAUGGUUCAGCAUGGUCUGCGGAGCCUCAAAGACCAAUUUGACCGACUUGUUCUUCCAGACUUCGGAACUCCAUCCUUGUUUGCGUCUGGCAGAUUAUCUUCUCAGAAUGUGACUGACGCCCAAGUAAGUUUGCCGCCAUUACUUCAUGUGCCUUCCCCUGUCGUCCUUCACGCAUUUGUCAGAUCAUUGGGAUUAGCUGAAGAUUACGAUGGCCUCCUCAGCCUUCUCCGAUGGAUGUCUCAGUAUGCGACGCCCCUUAAAGAAGCGUCCGAGGAGUACUUGAACGGUGGCAUCAUGAUGCGACGCACAUUAGUGGCAAUGCGCUUAUUUCUCGAGGGAUGUCGGGAAAGGCAGUCUUGGGGAUCACUCCACUGGACAGCUUCAGCUGCACAAGGGCGUGAUUUAAGGGGAUUUGAGCGUACAAGUGAGGUGUCCCCCAAUGAUUCGGAGGGAUUGUCAUUCUCGGAUCCGAACUUGCAAGAGGCAUAUGACUUAGUCACGACAACGCACACCUGGGGCCCUUGGCCUAGCGACGAGGAAGUUCAGGAAUAUUACGCUGUUCACUGGGAGGAGCAUGAGGCGCAAUGAUGGAGCAUCCAACAUUUUUGUACAUUAGCUGUAUAUAUACGUAUUAUAGAUUGUGUGGCGUUUCAAUAUCAUCGGAUGAUACCCCUUCAUAGCUGACUCUGCAGAAGAGACUCGAUGGUAGCGCUUAUCCGCGGUAAGAAUUGGGGCCUCUCGGUGGAUGGUUUCCCCGCAGUUGCUGGAGCUGUU